AGGGUAAACUAGACAUCCAGUCCUUACAGCUUACUAGUAAUUUACUAGUAGAUUGAGAGAGAUUGAAGAUAGACACAUAUUACACACAUACAGCUAAAAGAAGGGGAAAAAAAACCCAUUUGCCUCUUCAAACCUACUCCUGUGGACUCUUCUUGGAAGCUCUCUUUUUUGGGUGUUAUUCAAUUCUAAUCUUACAUGCCCACUUAGUAAACAUCGCCUUUUGUUGUACCCUUUUUGUUGAAAUAUUGUGCUCUUCAGUCUUUGUUGAAGAAAGCAAGAAAAUUCUACCCUUUUGCAGUUUUGUGAGGUGUUUGACCAGAAUUUAUGAAAACCCAGGUUUUUAUGGGUUGAAUUGAACUUGAAGAAUGAUGGGUAAUUAUUAUGAAGGCGAAGAUGAUUUUGUUGAUGCUUGCGAAGAGGUCAGUUCUUUGAGUUCAGGUUGCUCUGAUGAUUGUUGUGGUAAUAAUGGAAGUUGUGUUUGUAAUACUUUUAAAUAUGAUUAUUGGACAAAGAACAUGGAAAAUGUUCAUGAACGGCGUGAGAGGUUCUUGAGAUGGAUGGGAUUAAGUGUGAACAGGCAUCCAAGUGAGAGUGAGGAAUUGGGCGAUUGUGAUGAACUUAAGCUGAAUAAAGGUGGGGUCGGAAAGGAUGGCCAUUCAGGUUUGAUAGAUCGUUUUAUGUCGUGCCGUUCGUUUCUGUCUUGUCAGACGAAUGAGGAUUCGGAAUCGGCAGAGGCUGAUGCUAUGGUGGAAAACCCUAUGAAUAGAAUAAGAAAUUUGGAUGAUGGUUCAGAGUUUCAAGUUGAUGAACUGGGUCCUGAUGGAAUGCUUAGCAAACUACGUGUUGUGGGCACAAAUCGAAUGGUAACAGCUGAAGAGUUUCAAAAAGCUGUUGGUUCAUCCACUUUUGUCCAGCAAUUCUUGCAGAAGAACAAUGAGACAUGUAAAUUGGUUGAUGCAAAGAAGAAAGGAAAGAGUAGUUGGCUCGAAAAGUUAGGUGCGAUGGCACGGAAAGUUGAAAGGAAAGGGGAAGUCAAAUCAAAGCACGGAAAUCGUUCUGAUUCUGUUCGUGUCCGUUUGCAUAAGAAGCAACUGAAGGAGUUGUCUGCUGUUCACACCGAACAAGACUUCCCUGCACACGAAGGCUCAAUCCUGGCCAUGAAGUUCAGUCAUGAUGGCCAAUAUUUAGCGACGGGCGGUGAGGACAGUGUAGUGCGUGUCUGGAAGGUAGUUGAAGAUGAGAGACCCGACACAUUUGAGAUUUUAGAUAAUGAUCCUUCUUGUCUAUACUUUUCGUUGAAUCAUGUCUCCAAAUUAACUCCACUUAAUGUGGAUAAAGAGAUGAUCAGCAGGGUAAAAAAAUUGAGCAAAUCUAAAUCAUCUUGUGUAAUUCUUCCACCUAAGACUUUUCGAGUGAUGGAGAAACCUGUAUACGAGUUCUAUGGACACAGUGGUGAGGUCUUGGCCCUCUCAUGGUCUACAAAAGGGCAUCUGCUCUCAUCCUCAGUUGAUAAUACCGUUCGUAUAUGGCAAGUAGGACACCGCCAGUGCCUCGGAGUCUUCUCUCAUAAUAAUUAUGUUACCUGUGUUGAAUUCAAUCCUAUAGAUGAUAACCACUUUAUCAGUGGUUCAAUUGACGGGAAAGUACGGAUUUGGGAGGUAGAGCGGUGUCAAGUAGUUGACUGGAUUGAUUUAAAAGAAAUUGUCACGGCUGUAUGUUAUUGUCCAAAUGGCAAGCAAGGCAUUGUGGGCACAAUGGACAGCAACUGCCACUUUUAUGAUAUCAUAGAUCAUCGCUUGCAUAUGGGUGCUCAAAUCUGUUUACAGGGGAAAAAGAAGUUUACAGGCAAGAGGGUGACUGGAUUUCAGUUUUGCCCAAGUGAUUCAAGCAAAGUGAUGGUGACUUCUGCUGACUCCCAAGUUCGAAUACUUAGUGGGGUUAAUGUCAUGUGCAAAUUCAAGGGUACUCGGAAUUCAGGAAGCCAUCUGUCCGCAUCUUUCACAGCAGAUGGAAAACACAUCAUCUCUGUUUCUGAGGACUCAAACGUUUUUAUGUGGAAUUACAACAGCAAGGACCAAGGUCCUAAACCUAAAAACAUUGUCUCAUCUGAGAGUUUCUUAUCCCACAAUGCGGCGGUCGCUAUACCUUGGUCCGUUCCAAGAAUACUCCCAUUUCCAACAUUUUCAGGCGGCGAUCAUACAGGAACUGUAUCAAAAAAUAAACAUAUAAAUGAAGAUUUACAACACAAAAUACCUGGGACUUCCCCUGAUUGCUUCUCUAUGAGCCGAGGGUUUUCGCUGGAGUCCUUAUAUAGGAGCCCCCCUACGUGGCCAGAGGAACAUUUACCCAGCUCAAGUCCAAAGGCAGUCUCAUCUUCUUUGCGCAAAUUUGAGUACAAGUUCUUGAAGACUGCUUAUCAGAACACAUUUAGUUCUCCUAACUUGUGGGGUCUUGUUAUCGUAACUGCUGGUUGGGACGGAAGAAUAAGGUCGUACCUCAACCAUGGUUUACCUAUUCUUCUAUAAAAUCCCAUCAAAAUAACCGUGGUUUUGCAAGUAUAGUUUCCUCCAGUUCCUGGCCCCAUGUCUAGGUACCCAAGAUCAGUCUCUUUCAGGUGUUUGUCUGGGCACCAUGUGUAGAUAGAUAGGUUAUAGAUACGUAUAUAAUAGAAAUCAAAUUUUUGGGUGCCACGGCGUGGACCCUCGAUAGAUGCUAAGGUGGAGUUGUGCCAUAUGUCAUGGCAUACGAAUUUGGCCAGUUGUCAACUAUGAGUGGCUAUAAUUUAUUUUGUACCAUAAAUAUUUUCAAGUAUCAAUCAUAUAUGAUUCUUUAAUUCGUUA